AUGGCAAAGUCGAAUAACGAUUUCCAGCAACUGGUGAAGGAAUGGUAUAGUGGAGAAGGAAAGGAUGCAAGGACGGGUGGGAAAGAGCUAUUUGAAGAAUUGAAGAAAUAUGUGAAUGAAUUUAUGAAGAAAAUAAAUGAUGUUGAUGAGGACUAUGCGCCAAUUGGAGAACAAGGAUGCAGUGACAUUGCAAUAAGUGGAAAAGAACUUACGCAGGACAAUGGGAAGAAAUGGUGUUCCUUUUUAUUACAGAAUUUAUGGAGAAUGGAAAUGUUGAAAAAGGGAAAUACGAACAUGGUUCAAUACAAGAAGGCAUUGCAAGAGUUUGUGCAAUGUCAGGUUAUGAGAGCAUGGUCCUACAUAUUCAAGGAUAUGUACUGUGAAGUCGACAAAAGUUUACCAGGAAUUUUUAGUAAACUUAAACAGUUAUGCACAACGGGGGGCAUCGCACUUGGCUGCGGUGCUCCCGCUUGUGAAUAUGGUCCUUUGGACCCUAUGGACGUAGGUAGUAGUAGUGUUCUUAAUUACAUUUUCGAGAAAAUGGGGAUCGGUAUACCAGUUUUCAUAAAAAAAUAUGGCAUACUAUUUAAGACAAAAUGUAACACUACUCAGGCAGGCCAGAAGACAUCCACUCAACUCGACGACUCUCAAAUACGAAGUCUCAUAGAUCAAAUAAGGCAAGAAAUACUUUCAGGAACGGCAUCUGUCUCAUCUCCCACGGCAAAGAAUCAAUACGAUGCAUUAGCCGAUGCAUUAGUUGCAUGGUUCGAAGAUAAGAAAAUAACAGUGGCAACUGACUUUAAGGAUAAAUUGUGGACCCAUCUGGAGAAAAUAUUCGAUGAAAUAAUGAUGAAUGUGUACCAGGACUUUGGAGAAAUUAGCACUUUGUGUAGUGGGGAAAAGGGAAAGAUUAACCUAAACUUCAAUGGGAAUGACAAAGAGUUAUGCAAGGCUAUGGUAAAAAUAUUCAUGUAUAUAAAUGGACUGAAAAUUGGGGGAUAUUUCAGAAUACAGGAACUGAAAAGUAAACGUGGGCAGGAAGACGUAGAUCCAUAUCUUAGAUGUCUAGUCGGAAGAGCAGCUUUAAUAAGGUGGUUAGGAGGUCACAGCAGUAAGAAAAAAGUUGCACAAACUGUUGUAAGAGCUGUAAAAGAAUGGCGUAAUAUCCAUAACGUACAGGAUGUCUAUCAGAAAUGUACCGAAUUAAAUAUUGGGACGACGAGCAUUGGUGGGGAGAAUAUAUGGCGCAUAAUGGAAAAGUGGGCUGAAGAUAAAAAAGGACCCAAGCUUAAGAGCACUUAUGUAAAGAGAGGUAUCCAGAAACUGGAAAAUGUAUACAAUCAGGGCAGACCUAAAGGACAUGCGAAGAGUCGAGCAAUGGCAGAUCCUCCAACUUCAAUAGAAGAGAAAAAGAUUUUAGCAGAAUUGUUUGCAGUACAAAAUGAGGGCCAGGUAGAAAAAUUAGUUCAGGACGCAGAAGCAGCAGCAGCUUCUGCUACUUCUCCUGGUCCAGGCGGUGUUGCUGGUGUUGGUACUCCGGCAGCAGCGAAGUCACCAACACCUGAAGAAUGCAUCAAGAACAACAGCGACAAAGACAAAUUGUGUGAACGCUUAAAAUGUAUGAAGGAUCUAUGGCUGAAAGCUACUGCAGGACAAGGGAACAACGACACAUUCUGGGGUCAGAAUGGUGAUGUUAAGAAAUUGUGGGAUGAAUUAGCAAAGAAAAUGAAGGAGACCAAUGGCAAUGGCAAAGUCACUGGAAAUGGACAAUGUGAUUCAUUUCCAACUGAAGCUGAAAAGACGGCAUGCAAAUAUUUGUAUGCGGGCUUCCAAGAACUGUACAAGGAUAUGUCGGCGACGCCGGCGCAGCCGGCGUCGUCGUCGAAUCCUUUGUUGGACAACCCAUCGUUUAGACAAACGAUGGGUUGUUUUUUACUUCACGCUUAUGCAAAACACAUGAAAGAAAAAGCCGUUUGUGAUAUUGAAAAGGGGAUAACACAGGCAUUUAAUGCAUGGAAGAAUCCGGAGAGUAAAGCUCCAACUGCUUGCAAUGGUUCCAAUGCCAGUGGCAAGGGACAAUGUGUCCCUUGCCAAUGGCAAGAAAACAUCCUUGAAACUUGCACAAUUAAAACAAAUAACACAUCUGGCAACACAGCGCCAACGGAAGUAAAGAAGAAGUUAACACAGGUCCAAUCCCAAAUUGAGGAAGACGCAAAUACCACCCUAAAGAACAUAAAUAAAAUGGAAAAAUUAUGUGACGGUUUAAAAUGUAUAGCAUCCCGAGUAAACUCAUCUACCACUCAGAACAACUUCUGGGAGACAGAUGUGAAAAAAUUAUGGAAAGAAUUGGUAAAGGCUAUGGAGGAGAAAGACACAAAUGGGCAGACGGAAUGUAAUCAAUUGGAAAAUCCGUCUGACAAGACGGCAUGCAAUUAUUUGCAUGCCGGAUUAACCAAACUGUAUCAGACAACGACGUCGUCAGGCAACAUCCUAUCCAAGCACCCGUCGUUGAGACAAGCGAUGGGCUGUUUAUUACUUCAUUCCUAUGCAAAGAAAAUGAAAGGCGAAGCGAAAUGUGUUAUUGAUGCUGGUAUAAACAAAGCUUUCAGUUUGUGGAAGGACCCAAAGGAUAAAGCAUCUUCCAUUUGCAAUGAUAAUGGCAAUGACAAGGGACCCUGUGUCCCUUGCCAAUGGAAUGAAAAUGGGAACUUGGAAAGUUGCCUUCAGAAUAUUACCAUAAGAAGCACAACCCCAACGCAGACUGCAAAGGACAAAGUGGAAGAAAUGGUCGGAGGGAAUGAACCAAACACUAAGUCCAUCAUAGAGAACAUAAAUACCAUGACCACUUUAUGUGAGCAUAUGAAAUGUAUAGCAUCCCACUUAAGUUCCACAAAUGCAAAACAAAAUGCGGACACAUUCUGGGGUCAGAAUGGUGAUGUUAAGAAAUUGUGGGAUGAAUUGUCCACAGCAAUGAAAGGGAAAGAGAAUGACAAUGGAAAUGGAGUUUGUGCUGUGAUGGGAGAGAAUGGCAAAACUAGAACACCCACAGAACCUGAAAAGAAGGCAUGCAAUUAUUUGCAUGCCGGCUUCACCAAACUAAAAGAUAUUACAGCGAAUGGAACUUCAACCUACUCAAUCCUGUCCGAACAUACAUCGUUCGUCCAAACGAUGGGUUGUUUCCUUCUUAAAGAAUAUGCAAAACAAAUGCAAAGUCAAUCCAAAUGUGUUAUCGAUUCCGGUUUAAAGGAAGCUUUCAAGUCAUGGAACGAAAAUAAAGGAACUUCUUGCACGGGCUACCGCCCGUGCAUUGAAUGCACAUUGGAAGAUAAUAUUGGCAACUGCACAACAGGCACACCCCAAACGCCAGUAAAGGACAAAUUAAAAACAGUACUACCUGCGGACGGUGACCCAAAUCUAACUACCACCCUAACGAAAAUAAACGAAACGAAUUCUUUAUGUGAAAAACUCAAAUGCGCUGCACCCAAAUGGUUCCAAAACCAAAUUAGCGGUGGUAGCGGUGGUACUACUACUAAGAAGACUUGGAGCACAUUUUGGGAGAAAGAGGUUAAAGAUCUGUGGGAUGAAUUAGCAGAAGGAAUGAAGACAAAUGGGGUUACUGAUGACAAGGGAAAUGGAUGUGAUCGAAUGGAAGAGGGCACCACCGGUUCCACUGCCAUUGGCAGAGAUGCCACCAACCCUGAAAAGAAGGCAUGCAAUUAUUUGUAUGCCGGUCUAAAGGAACUGUACAAGACGAAUGGGGCGACGGCGACGUCGUCGUCGUCAGGAACCAUCAGCCUGAAGGACAACCCACUGUUAAGACAAACAGUGGGUUGUUUAUUACUUCACGCUUAUGCAAAGAAAAUGAAAGAAGACUCUAAGUGUGUUAUCGAUUCUGGAAUACAAAAGGCAUUUAAGGCGUUUAAGGACAGUAAUAAAUCUUCAUGCACGAACGGCAGUUCGUGCAUUGAAUGUGAAUGGAAUGAAAAAUUUGAUGACUGUACAAUUACGACAAGCGGCACCCAAACAGAGAAGAUAGAAGAGAAAUUAACGUCAGUACAACCCGAAAUUAUCAAAACCUCAUCUACCACCACCAAGGACAACAUAAACCUAACCCCAUCUUUAUGUGACCAACUCAAAUGUGCUGCCCCCAAAUGGUUCGAAAACCAAAACAAGCUAACAGGGAGCGGUGGUACUGGUACUGCUAACAAGACUUGGUGUGACUUCUGGGGGAAGGAUGGCGUUAAAUCAAUAUUGCAGAACAUGUUCAACGACAUCGAGGAUAAAGGAAAGAACAGCCCUAAUAAAACAAUAUGUCAACACUUUGGUGAUGGUAAUGAACAUAGUGUUGAAAGAAAAGCUUGUAAUCAUAUCACAGCAGGAUUAAAAUACAUUAAACAGAUUCCAAAUGGUGGUAGUGGUCCUACCUCCCCGCCUAAUGAACAAUACAAGCAACUGCUCGCACGAGCAGUUGGUUGUAUUGCUCUUAACAUGUAUGCUGAUGAAAUAAUUAAAUUGACGGAUAAAAAUUGUCCCAUUGAUGAGAACACAAUACAAAAAAUGUUUGAAAAAUGGAAUGAAAAUAAUUCAUGUUCGGUUAAUGGUGGUAGUAAUAAUAAUAAUUGUUUUAAAUGUCAAAGGGAAGAAAUUUCUGCUAAUUGCCACCUGAGCGUCGCAGACGCUCUGGUGGAAAAAAAUCAAAAUGUAAAUUGCAAUACUAAGGCAAAUGAAGUGAAGAUUAAAAUGGAUGGUCUCCUCGAGGACGGCACCAUCAAAAUGAAACCAACAUUAUCCACCAUAAAUAAAAUGACCACUUUUUGUACCCGUCUACAAUGCGCAGCAAAACAAUACCACACAAAAAAGAAUAAUAUACAAAGCAGCGGAGUGAACUGGAAUGACAUGAAUGAUCACAUCGAUAAAGAAUUGAAGGCACUUCUAAAACAAAUGAUGGACACUACCAAUCAGGAGAAAGUUGCCAAAUACUGCAAUGACAGCAACAACAAUUGGGAUAAUGGCACUAAAGAAGGCAAAACGAAUAAAGCAGCUUGUUUGCUUUUUGCUUCAGGAUUAAAGCACAUUUAUGGCCGCGGUAGGGGCCACGGUAAUGGCCCAUCGUUUGGACAAACGAUGGGUUGUUUAUUCCUUAAAGAAUAUGCAAAACAAUUGAAAAAAAUGGCAAAAGAGAAGAAAAAACAUGAGGUACAUCCUCUAUGUAGCAUAGAGGAGGGCAUAAACUACGCUUUUGGUAAAAGUAAAGACAUUAUGCAAGAAAUACUUCAAUGCGACAAGAAUGGUACUAAUUCUUGUUUUGAAUGCACACAAAAAGAAGACGAUUAUAAAUAUUGCCAAAUUGGCAAAGACAAAGUACAGGACAAAGUUAAUGAAUUGUUCAAAGAAAAAACGAGGCAAGGUCAUAUGAAAAAAAUACUAGCGAAUACACUUUGUCCCAUCCUUCCUAUGGAUCUCCUUACCCCUUUUCUUCCUUUGGCUCCUGUUUCUAUUGGCCUUUCUGCUAUGGCUUAUUACCUUUGGAAGUAUUUUGGUCCUCUUGGUAAAGGAGGACCACGUUUCCGAAGAUCUCCUACUGAAAUUCCGGGUCCAUCAGUACAGGAACAAGUCCUCCGUCAUGUGGAUGAAGGUGCUGCACAUGAAUAUCGAUUGGUGAAGGAACGAAAACCUCGUUCUGCUCCAACGAGAACGAAACGUUCUGGUCCCGUGAAUCGUCGAACGAUUAUUGAAAUUCAUUUUGAAGUGUUGGAUGAAUGUCAAAAAGGGAACACACAAUUGAACCAGAAGGAUUUUCUGGAACUUUUGGUUCAAGAGUUCAUGGGAUCGGAAUUUAUGGAAGAAGAACAGGUUUCUAAGGAAGAAGUUCUUAUGGAAGAUGUUCCUUUGGAACGUGUUCCUAUAGAAGAGGUUCCAAGUUUAGGUUCCGGGUUAAUGGUUUAA